CGAGCUUUUUCUGACGAUAGAUAUCGAUCUCCUUCAAUCUCCUUUAUCUGAUAAUACUCCUUGGUUUCUUACUUUUGGACCAUGGAGAUGGAGCGCGUGAUGGAAUUUCCUCACACGCACAUGGAUCGGCGACCUGCAAAGAGGGCCCGUUUGGGCUGGGAUGUUCUUCCACAGCCACCAAAGGCUCAGGUAGGAGUGUUUUGUGGACAAGAGCUUGGAAAUCUGACAAGCUUUGCAUCUUCAAGUGCAUCCUCAGACCAUUCCACUAGUUCUUCUCUAUAUGAUAAGGGAUUGGCUCGCCAUGGUUCUCCCCCAAAGCGAGAUGAUGACAAAGAUGGGCAUUACAUGUUUGAGCUUGGAGAAAAUUUAACUUCUCGCUAUAAGAUCAACAGCAAAAUGGGUGAAGGUACCUUUGGUCAGGUUUUGGAGUGCUGGGAUAGAGAAAAGAAAGAAAUGGUUGCCAUUAAAAUUGUCCGUGGAAUCAAGAAGUAUCGUGAAGCAGCUAUGAUAGAAAUUGAAAUGCUGCAACAACUUGGUAAACACGAUAAAGGCGGCAACCGUUGUGUGCAAAUACGGAACUGGUUUGACUAUCGUAACCAUAUCUGUAUUGUGUUUGAGAAGCUUGGAUCAAGCUUAUACGAUUUUCUACGGAAAAACAAUUAUCGCUCAUUUCCCAUUGAUCUAGUCCGUGAGAUUGGCAGACAACUAUUGGAAUGUGUAGCAUUUAUGCAUGACUUGUCGCUUAUACACACCGACUUGAAGCCAGAAAAUGUACUUCUAGUUUCGUCAGACUAUGUUAAGGUUCCUGAUUGCAGGGAUUAUAAGAGUUAUUCUCGAUCAUCAAAAGAUGGAUCCUACUAUAAAAGAGUGCCCAAGUCAAGUGCCAUCAAGGUUAUUGAUUUUGGCAGCACAACCCAUGAGCGUCAAGAUCAGAAUUAUAUUGUCUCUACACGACAUUAUCGUGCACCCGAGGUUGUUCUUGGACUUGGUUGGAGUUAUCCUUGUGAUAUAUGGAGUGUUGGUUGCAUCAUAGUGGAGCUUUGCACGGGUGAGGCUUUGUUUCAAACACAUGAGAAUUUGGAGCACCUAGCUAUGAUGGAGCGGGUGUUUGGUCCAUUGCCACAGCACAUGUUGAAAAGAGUAGACCGACGUGCAGACAAGUAUGUUAGAAGAGGAAGAUUGGAUUGGCCUGAUGGUGCAACCUCAAGAGAGAGUAUUAAAGCUGUAAUGAAGCUUCCCCGGCUUCAGAACCUGGUAAUGCAACAUGUUGAUCACUCGGCUGGGGAUCUCAUUCAUCUGUUGCAGGGGUUGCUUAAAUACGAUCCGACAGAUAGGCUAACAGCUCGUCAAGCCCUUAGGCAUCCUUUCCUUUCUAGGGACCAUGUGAGGAGAUAAGGCAGCCGACACAAUUGGGGGUAUUUAGCUACCUGGUGUGUUAUACAUGGUGAAUACGGCUGUCCACGUUUUUAAGUAGGGUUGUGUUGAACGAGAUUACAAGUAUCCAAGUGUACACACAAGGCAUGAUACUUGAACUUCUUGUGAACCCCCCGC